CUUUUUUUUCUCGCUUCCUCUGCUUAUCACUCGCCGUGUUUUAUACAUCGUUGAUACGUCCCUCAGUCCUCUCCUCCUUCUACUCCUCCUCCUUCGUCUUGCGCUCCACGAACUCCUCAGAUUCUCACAAUCACACGAGCCCUCUCCUCUCCUCCCACCUCCUACUACGCAAACCUCGUCCACCAUGUCUCCCAUAGCAGCAUCCUCUUCGUCGGCGAAGUCGGUUAAGAAGGAGUCGACUCUAGCUCGUCUCCUCGGUUCUGGCUCCGCCGGUAUCGCCGAGUUGGCCAUCUUCCACCCCGUGGACACAAUCGCCAAGCGUCUGAUGUCCAACCAGGGCAAGAUUUCCUCCAGCAACACUCUCCGUACAGUGAUCUUCAAGGAGUACGCCUCUGCCACCGUCGGGCGCAAGUUCCUCUCGCUCUUCCCCGGUCUCGGAUACGCCGCCGGCUACAAAGUUCUGCAGCGCAUCUACAAAUACGGUGGACAGCCUUUCGUCCGCGACUACCUCGGAACCCACCACGGCGACAAGUUCGACCGCACCUUCGGCAAGGGUACCGGAAAGGCGAUCAUGCACGCCACCGCCGGUUCCAUCAUCGGUAUCGGAGAGAUCGUGCUCCUGCCCCUUGACGUCCUGAAGAUCAAGCGCCAGACGAACCCCGAGGCGUUCCGCGGCCGUGGUCUGUUCAAGAUCAUUUCCGACGAGGGUUUCGGACUCUACCGUGGAUGGGGCUGGACCGCCGCCCGUAACGCUCCCGGAUCGUUUGCGCUCUUCGGAGGUUCCGCAUUCGCCAAGGAGGCCCUCGGCAUUGCCGACUACAACAAGGCUACCUGGAGCCAGAACUUCAUCGCGUCGAUUGCUGGUGCUACCGCAUCCCUAGUUGUCUCAGCUCCCCUCGACGUCAUCAAGACCCGUAUUCAGAACCGCAACUUCGAGAACCCCGAGAGCGGCUUCAAGAUCAUUACCAAAAUGAUGAAGAAUGAGGGUGCCACUUCGUUCUUCAAGGGUCUUACUCCUAAGCUGUUGAUGACCGGACCUAAGCUCGUGUUCUCUUUCUGGCUGGCACAAACUUUGAUCCCCGCGUUCGACAAGAUUUUGUAAACACCUCCUUCCUCCCUCCUUCCCAAUCCCGCUCCACCCUACUCACCGAUUUAUACCCCCUGACGACUCGGAGCAAACGGGACGGAAAACUUGCAAUUUACUACGGCGUACCAAAAAAAAAACUGAUUUGGUGGAAUUGGAUGGAUGGAUGCACAUGCAUGUGUAUUGUAUUAUUAGGGUAGACUUCGGAAUUGCGUUUUUUUGUUUUUUUUGCUUAUGGGAUUCGGACAACUGUUGGUUUGUUUUUUGCAUACCUUUGAUGAAAGAAAGUUAGUGAUGAGACCGGCGUAAAGCAUGGAUUUUAUUUAUUCUCCGCUCUAGAGAGAUGGGUGUAUUUGUAUGUACGUACAUAGAGAGAGAGAGGUAUACCUGGGUAGAUUGGAUGGUGAUAUGAUAUCCACGCUUCGAGUUCA